CUAUUUCACCUUGCAUUCUGAAUGGUGUCCUUAAGUACAGCACAGAAAAACGAAGAGUAAAAGCAACUGAUUUGAGUUGACAACAACACACGUGCGUCUUGUUUGACUGCUUGUUUGAGCAAGCAAAGCGAACGUAGCUACAACUCAACAAUUCAGAGAGACUACGGCAGAUGUAUGAAGCCUACAGAAUGGAAUUGCGAUGAAGUGCACGAGCUAAAACAAGUUAAAAUGUGAUCGCGGCAUGAGUGGUUGUAGCGCAUGCAUGCCGCCAAAGCUGUUUUUGUUGUUGUUUGUUAUUGUUUUGGAAAGCAGACGACACGACAGGAACCAACCCGCGGGCGGGCAAAGUCUCUCGACACAGAGCAAAAUUCCCUUUGUGGCUUUAUUUAUUUUUUUGUGUGAUUGUGAUUGCUUCCAAGUGAAUCGGGCACAGCCAAAUAGUGAACAUGAAGAUAAACAGGACUAACGUGUGGUCAUCAGCCGCGCUUGUGCUGCUUCAGCUUUCAGCAAGCUUCGGUCUGUUAAAGGAAUUCACUGUGAACGUGGAAGCUGGAGUCUCGGAAUGCUUUUACGAGACCGUGAAAGCCGGCCAGGUUAUGGACGUCGAGUACCAAGUGAUCGACGGUGACCGCGGCGAAUUGGACAUUAAUUUCCACUGGAGCGCUCCUUCAGGGAGACAGAUUGUGUCUGACUUCAAAAAGGCUGAAAACAGUCACAGGCACGAAGCUACAGAGGAUGGAGACUACAAGAUGUGCUGGGACAAUUCCAUUUCUCGCUUCAACUCAAAGACUGUAUUUUUCGAAUUUUUGCUCGACCAGGAUCAAGACGAUUGGUUUAAAAAUGGUUUAGAGGGCAAUCUAGACGUAGAUUCUGUUGUUGAGAAGUAUGAAAUGACUGUUGAUGAGCUGAAACAAUCCAUCACUCGUGUCCAUACACUUCUGUCAUCUGUUCGGCAAAUGCAGGAUGUUAUGAGAGCCUAUGAAGCACGAGAUCGUAACUUUAUUGAAGGCAAUUUUGAACUUGUUAACCGUUGGUCCAUCAUUCAAGUUUUUAUUAUGGUGUUGGUUGGUGGUCUGCAGGUGUAUAUGGUGCGCAGUCUUUUUGAUGACAAAAAUAGAGUUCAUCAAAUAUGGAAGUCCGCAUUACUUUCCAGAUAAUAGAGAGGCAUGUAAUUAUUUUUUUCACAUCAUUUAGAAUGCCAGAGUCUUGCACAUGUGGGUCCCUCUAGUCAAGUGACAUUUACAGUUGUCAGUUCAGUGAUUAAUUUAGUAAGGAUUUAAUUUGUAAAUUAACAAUUGCAGCUUCAGUCAUGCAUAUUGAUUCCCACCGUUUCCUGUAUAAACUAGUCAGCUGUUAGUUCCAACUUCUGAAUCUCCAUGUUAAAUUGGGUGAAGGAAAAAUGACAAUUCUUGAAAUUUGUGUUUGUGGCUAGUUUUUAAGAUACUGAGACUGAUAUUAUACGAAAUGUGCUUGCUUUGUACCAAAUGUGUCUAGUUAAAUAGGUUGUAAAAUUGUAUUUAGCAAUAUUGAUCCUCUGAAAUUUGCAUCAAGUUCAGGAGAGGUUCUGCUAUUCAUUCGCUGCUUUCAAGAGUGCCUUCUUUUAUAAAUUGAGAGUUAUUGGGUUUUGAAUACUUUCUCUUCCAAAUGUUGGUGUUAAAAAUAAAUUCAUCAAAUACUUUA